CUUCUUUUCCGUUCCAUCAAAAGAAAAGCGUGGCUACAGCAGGGAAGACCCCCUGCAGUGCUUUCGGGAGGUGGGCCCCCCAAAGCCCACCAAACCCUGCGUGGCUCUCUCCGGCCUCAGAUUUCUGCAGCCAGUUCAAGGCUCGUCUCUGGGGGCCGUGGAGCUGACGUCCGGUCUGGCAGAGGCCGAUGGGCAGCAUAGGCACACGGUGGAUCCACGGGGGUGUUGCCCGCCCCCAGAAGUGCAUGUGGCAGCCUCCUUGCUUCUUGUCACCAUUUGGGUGACUUGGCCCGGGGCCAUCAGCAGGUCGCAGGCUGCUGGUCCUGGCUCGGGGAGUCUGCAUCUCCUGCAGACCUAGCAAGGCGCUGACAAGGCUGGGCGCUGCCACCUUCCAUCCCACCUCCAGUGCCAACCUCCUCGCCUUCUGUUGCUGUGUGCCACCUUCUUCCUCUGAGAGACUUCCCUGAUCCCCUCCCCCAUGACAUCACUGUGUUGUCUUUGGGGCUUGGCACUUGGAGGUGGACAGUUGUCUGUACUGCCCGCCGCCCCCAGAGUGGAAGCUCCUGGAGGGGGCACCUCUGUUUCUGACUCGCGUAGUCGUGUUGGUUAAAUGUCGCCGGAUUGAAUGAGCCGGCCCAUCCCAGGUCAGCAGCUGCCAUCGACUCCAGUGGACCGUGGGGCGGGCAGCAAGAGGAGACUUCCAGGCCUCGGAGUCCAGCCCUCCCAUUGUACAGAGAAGGAAACUGAGGCCCAGAGAGGGGGUGCAGCUUGGCCAGGGCCGCCCAGAUCGGGAGCAGAGGCCGCGUUCUGAGCCUUUCCCUUACACUGUCUCCAGUGAGUGUUUGUUCAGCAUUCAGGGACCCAAAAAUGACCCCAGGUGCCCUGCCUUCAGGGAGCUUCCAGUCCAUCAGUAAGGGUUAAACAGAAGACAGAGAGGUGGGGGCGAAGGAUUCAGAUGGAGGGCUCUGAGAAAAAUCAGUCCAUCAGCAGGCCCUUAGCACCUGCUGUGUGCCCUGAGGUGCUGGCUAGCCUGGCUCCUGCAGGCGGAUGAGGCCACACACGUGUGGAGGGACCGAGUGGGAAGUGACGGCAGAGAGGAGGGGAGUGAGCGGGGAGGCCGGGGCUGGCUGCCCCCCAGUGGGGCCUUUACUCUGCCCUCCUCUCUGCCUGCAGCCGACUGACCCAUAAAGUCGGAGCUGUCCUGCGUGUGGCAGAGGGAGACGAGGGGGUGUGGAUGUGAUGGCCGCAGGAGGCCCAGGGCAGCCCCGCUGGUGGGGUGAUGGAGGAGGAGCUGCUUGGGGGCUGGGGGAGGGCUCCUGGAUGCUUACCCCAGCUGGAGCCGAGAGGCCAGCCCUUGACCUUGACCAGGAUUGAGAAUUGACCGGCUACUGCUUUCUCUGGGAUAAGGGGUUGAUUCUCCAGCUGCCUAGAGGGCUGUGCCCUGGGCAGGGGGCCCCAAAAGGAAAGGCUGUCUAGCCUUGGGACCCCAGGUACCUCGCCCUGGGCGAGGGCUAGCUCCCUGGGAGGGCCAAGACCCGGAAGAGGGAACGGGAGGUGGUUUGUCUCGUUGUGGGCAGGUUUCUGCUCCUUCGCAUGCUCCCAGGGUGAUCCUGACCAGGGUCCAGGCUGAGGAGGUGGGCUGUGGGGCGCCCCCGAGAGUGCGGAGCUUCUGCUUGGGGCCACCUGGUCUGGGCCUGUGGCCUGCCCAGCCCUUCUCUUGGCCGCUGCCCAAACUGCCCUUGGGUCCCCUUCAUUCCUAGAUCCUGGCUGGCAUCCCAUGUGGUGGCCCGGAUCCUGGCCUCAUGAAUCCAGUGCCAGCCCGGCCCCCUUCCGGGCCUUGGCGGGAGGCCUGGAUUUCUCUCUUUGGGAAGCAGCUCAAGGUGAGGCCGUGAGGCUGAGGGCUUCAUUAUGGGAAGGGAGCAGCUCGGCCGAGUCUCAGGCCCCAGGCACAAGGCUGUCCUGGCGCGCACCCGAUGGGGAGGGGCAGGGUUUGCUCUUCUCCCAGGGGUCCUGGGCUUGGGACCCACAGCUAGAUGGGCCCAAGAAGGCACUUAGCCCAGUCCUCGGCGUUUUAUGAGUAGAGGCCCCGGGGGUCAAGGUUCUGAGCAAGGUCACGCAGGGAGCCGAGAUUCAACCUCGAGUCUCCUGGUCCGGAAUCUCCGGGCUACAAACUGCUGCCUUCUCCCAGGUGGAGAUGGUUUUAUGGGGGGAGGGGGAGGCUGUCACAACGAGAGCUACCUUUGUAGAGUACCAGCUAGGUGGUAUAGCAGAGGGGGCUAGGCCCGGUGUCGGAAAGUCCUGAGUUCAGAUCCUGCCUCAGACGUGUCCUCAUUGGGUGAGUGCCUCGGUUUCCUCAUGUGUGAAAUGGGGAUAAUUCUGGUGCCGCCCUCCCGAGAUCCAACGAGCUCAUUGAAAGGGGCCCGGGUCGGUGCCGGUAGGUGCUCAGUAAAUGCUCGCGUCUUCCCUUCCGUCAACAAGUAUUUAUUGCCUGCCUCACAUCCCGACUCCCUGGCCUGUGUGACGGGUUCCUCUGUUAAGGCUGAGACGUGAGGGUGAGCAGGGAGCCGUGGGUGGGGGACAGCCCUCCUGGGCCGCCCUGUCACUGAUGGAGGCGGAUGUCGGGGGGGGGGGGCUUCCUUCUCUACAGUCGGGUCUCCUGUGAGUUCUCAGCCGGGCUCCUGAGAGCCUACCACGCCUGCCCCUCCUGCGGGCCCCCCACACAGCCAGCACACCGUCGUGAUGUCACAGUGGGGCUUUGUGAUGACAUGGUCACCACCAGCUCCAUGGGACUGACCCACCUCAUUUCUGCAGCAUACGCUUUUCCUUUUUAAUAUAUAUUUAGUUUGUUACACAGUUCCUAAUUACGUGUAGGACACUUUUACAUUCAUUUUUUAAAUAUGUUGAGUUCCAGUUUCCUCUCCUGCCCUUCCCUUUGGACACCUAAGCCUGGGGCUGUGGGGCGUGGCUGGGGCAGGGCUCUCUGACCACGCCCACUCGUCCCCUUUCCCCAUUAUUGAGUCAGGUCCCUGACAGAGCUUGGGGUAUAAGGCAGAGUGCCAUCCUGCUGUACAUCUCUCCUCCUUUUUGGGGAGAAUAAAUAAAUAAAACCACAACAAAACCACAGAUAGGUGAUGUAGUCGUAGGACGUCGGAGAGACGAUGUCACAGUGAAUUUCACAGUGUAUCAGCUGAUGCAGCCUCUGAGGGCGGUUCAUUCUGUGUUUUUGUUUUAACUUCGUGUUUAUUUUCUGGACAGUGAAAGAGGAAGUCUGAUACCACAAUUCAUCCAUUUCCCACCCAAAGCCGCGUUGCUCGCGUGCCCACUUCCUGGCACUUCUUUGAGAGGCCUCUGCUAGCGGCUCUGGCCGCCUUCCCUCUGUGCCUAAAUGUCAGUCUUAAAUGAGAUGAUCUUGUAAAUUCUCACCUAACACCAAAUAAAACGAGUGUUUCCACAGACAUAACAGAGUAGAGAAACAGGGACGCGGGUGAGAUGGUGAAUCUCUGCUCUGCGCAGCUUGCUUCAAAGAAACGAAACCUUUAACCUUCAGAGCGGUCCUGUUUGUUGGUUCUCUGUCUGGCCUUCCCUUCUGUCCAUUUAAAAACACGUGGGUGAUUUUCUUUGAUUGCCUUCUCCUUUGUGCCCCCUCCCCAGUGGAAAAAACCCCAAACAAGCCAAAACAAAGAAAACCGAAGCUCCUGUGACCAAUAGACAGGUUAAGCAAAACAUCUCCAUGCCCCUUCUUUCCGGUUCUCUGCUGUUGGCGUCCUCCUCCUGCCUCGUGCCUCAGCCCAUUGUCCCAAAGGGCCUUGUGCCCGUCUGGCCCCUGAUGCAUCGUUGUUUCCCUUUUUUGGGAGGGGGUCAUCUUUGCCAACCUGACGAGGGUCCGGUAGAACCUCAGAGUUGUUUGAUCUCCCAUUUCUUUAAUUAUCAGCGAUUUGGAGCAUUUUUCAUCUGGCUGGGGUUUUUUCUUUUCAAAGCUGCCUGUGGGGUAAGUAUCCUUUGAAUAUUCAGCUACUGGGGAAUGGCUCUUGCUCUUAAAACGCUGAAUCAGUUCUUUGCGUGGCUUGGAUAUGAGACCUUUCUCGGAGAAACUUUUCUGCAAAGAUGCUUUCUUCCCAGUUGACUGUUUCCUUUUCAGUUGCAUUGAUUUUAGUUUCUACAAAACCUGUUCACUUUAUGUCAUUGAAAUUGUUUAUCUCCUGCGCUCCUCUGCGUCCUGUUUGGCCUUAAACCCUGUCCCCAGUCUCAGCUGUGAGAGGCGUGCUCUUCCUCACCUCUCCAAUUUGUUUGUGACGUGACCUUUUCUCAGGAUCUUCUCUUGUAUGUGGUGUGAGGUACUGCUCUAAACCUAAUUGGGGUGGAGCUCUCGUUCCCUCCAACAGCCUGGGGUUGCUAGAGGCUGCUCAGAAUCGGAGCAUUUGGGGCAUUCGUUCCAGCUCCCUCCCAGAGUGGAGGGCCGGCCUCUCUCACCAGAGGCUCUGUGGCACACCAUUGAGUACACGCCAGUGGGGGCUCCUCUGGGGAGGAGAAGCCUUGAGUGUAGAUCAAGGCCAGGCCACGUUGUUGGCACAGACGGAUCUUGCAGGCUGCACACCUCCCCGCUCCCAGAUCUUAUUUUUACGUGAACUGGUGUCUGUACCUUCCCACCCUGCGAUCCCCAGUGACAAGGAAGGCAGAUAGAUGAGUGAGGAGUCGUUGCGAGGACCUUCUGGUCAGACAUUUCUCUUGGCCUAAAGGCCACAUGCGCGGCUCAGACUUGGGUCCUCUCUCACCCACAUCUCACACCGUUGACUUGGUAGGGAGAUGGCUGUUUCAUCCAUUCCCAUCUUCUUUAAAAGUGAUGGAAAGAGGAGGGGAAGGGGAGAGGGGGGAGGGGAAUUAGAGGGAGGUAGAUUAAGGAAGGGUCGUCCUAAGCAGAACGAAUUCCAAGAAUGUCCAAAACUAUUCAUAACAGCUUUUUUUCAAAGUGGCCAAGAUUAGAAUCUGAGGGAGUGGCGAUCGAUUGGGGAAUGGCUGAACGAGUUCUGUAUGAAGGUGACGAGCUGCUUUGGGGCUCUGAGAAACGAUGGAGAGGGUGGCGGAGAAGUUGGGGAGGUUGUAUGUAAAUGAAGGCAAAGGGGAAGCGAGCAGAGAGAGAACCAGGAGGACGUUUAUGCGAAGAUGAGUGUGAUGGAGGCAGACGGGCAGGUGGGAGCUGUGGUGGCCAUGAUGACAAGCCACGGUCCCCAAGAGGGGAGGGGCUUCACACGACGCUGGAUGCGGCCCACCUGGACGUCUGUGUUCGUUGACAACGUGGGGUUUUCUCUUAUUCCCAGCUGGGUGCCGAGGUUGGGGUGAGAGGAUGAGAAGGUGGGUCUUUGCUGAGUGAAGGAAAUAAAUUACCAUUUGAAAUGGGGUUAAAACUGUUUUCUUUGCCCUGCUCCAGUUUCCACGGGACUGUCGUCGGUCACCAGGCUCCCCAGAGGGAAUUUCAGUUGCUGGGUUCUAGUUCUACCUUCUGUUUCCAUGGAAAUAGCCCCUGGACCAGCACAGGGAUGAGUGGGCUUCUUCGAGCCAGGCCACCGGACAAGACCAGGCAGGUCGACACCAGAAUGGAAGCCAAGAACGUCAAGCGAGGCAAGUGUGUGAGCCAUCGCAGCACCCCCUGCCGAGAGCCCGUGGCCCCCUGGGCAGGCGUUGGCUUCAGGGCCCACUGUUUGAAGAACUUUACCAUCCCCAAGAUCCGGAGGACAGCAGAGAAAGCGUACCUGUCAAUUUGCCACACUAAUCGGAGGGAGUACAGCUCCAUCAGCCAUGCCCUGGCCCAGUGCAGGCUCGACCUGAGCUGUGAGCUGCAGGCCGUGUGGCAGUUUGGGGAAACUCAGCUGGUUCACAAUGAGUAUCUGGAAAGGAAGUUUUCGGCCAAGAGGAAGGAGAUGCGGGAGCGUGGCCGGCCAAGCCACAAGCUGGAGGAACAUUAUUGCUUCUUGGCACUGUCCCACGGUGCCAUGUCCCAGAUGUACAAGACUGGGCUGUGCACCCACGAGUCCACCAUGAAGGCCCUCGGCAGUCCCCUGCUCGGCGUCUAUGUGUUCAGGCACGCUGACGUUGCGCUGAGUUACACGCACAGCAAGAAGCAGCACGUGGACACGCUCAUGAUUUUUAAGGUUCUCUAUGGAAAGGUGAAGAAGAUUCAGCCCGUGGUGGACAAGGGUAAAACAUCUCUGGACCCUUCACCCAACUUUGACUGCCACAUGUCGCGACUUGUCCCGACGCCCAAAGACUCCAUCGAGCAGCAGGCCAUUGGCUCUGCCGUUUAUCUCUACGAGUACAACACGCUUUCGAAGCCCGUGGACAGGCCCCGGCAGUGCCUUCCCUAUGCCACCAUAACCGUCAGAUUCCUCGGCCAGAAAGGAAGCGGGGAGACCAUCACUUACCUGCGGUUUCUCUCCAUGGAAUUUCCCAGGUGGACUGAAGAACGGAACUCCCUGAAUAACUGUACCAUUGCCAAAAGAAUCGGGAAAGGAAAGAACGCCACGGUCAUCUACAAGCAUUUCCCGAAGCCCAUGGAGGCAUCAGCCCAGGACAGCUGCUCCUGUGCUGCAGAGAUGAAUCCUUUGGCCCCCGAAAGAUCUUCUCCCUGUGGCUUCUUUGCUGGAGGCCCGGUGGAUGGCCAGGCCGAGCAUAAUUUAGCAGGCAGCCACAACCUAUCUCAAGUACCAGCCCCUGAGGCUAACCCGCCCCUCCCACCCAGUGUGGAUGCCACUCCAAGUGGGAAUGGCGACCUGUUGGUGAACUUUAAUUACCUCAAAAAAGUCCUCGCCAUCGUUUCCGCUGCAGCUGCCCUUCCUAACAACGUUGGUACCAGUACCGUGACUACCUCCAAGCUCGUCAAGGACCCCCGGCUGCUGAGAAGAAGAGGAUCCCGUGACCAGGGAAGCCCUGAGACGGGCUCCAGAAAGGCUGUGCCCUUGGAGAGCAGGGAAGAGUGCCCUGAUUCACAAGUGAAUCCUUCACCAUCCCUGCCCUCCGGAGCCAUGUCUGGUGAGCGCAUGGUGCUCAGUCGGGGCUUCCCUGGUCCCAAGGGCUUGUUCUAUCAGAACCAUGGCUAUGGAGCUAUCCCCGAGGUAACCAUGGCUGAUGCAAAGAAGGUCGCCUCCAAGGAAGUCAUUCCAGAACAUGAGAACCGGGGGUGUAGUGAUGCAGAAAUGUGUAGCUCAAGCCGGGUGAACAGGAUCCUUCUGCCAGUUCAGAAACAAGCCAAGGGAAAGUAUGUCUCGGAGACAAAUCAUGUUCCUGGAAAGGGCGUGUCGAUGGAUACCAGCUCAGAGCAGCUUAGUGACUUCAUACCCUGGAGAUUACUGCCUGCCGACUUCGGAACUGUGCGUGAGAGACUUCAACCACCUCCUCUAGAACCUCUCCAGGCUCAGCAAGAAACCAGAAACAAAUUCAUUCAGGUUCCUCAAACUAUGAAAAACCUGAACGCUGACCCCAAAAACCAUUCCAAGCAAGGAAAAAAUAAAUACUCCAAAAAAAGAGGUAGUCAUGACUCUGCUCAUGGAGAAGGGAGGAGUAGUUUAAGAGAGUUUUGUCUUCCCCAUGAAAAGCACAAGACUUUGAUUUUAUCCCACCAAGAUGGCAAUGACUGUAAAAAGCCUCGGAGCCAGGGGCCAGAUGUUCUGGUGCAGCCCUCCCCAUCGCCUCCAAAGCAGGAAGGGAAGUCAAGCCCCAAACAUGUUCCUUGUCAGUCAGAAAACAGUUACCCUUCUGUAAGUGCACAGAAGUCUUCCAAAAAUUGCCUUGAAGAAUGGUUGAAAUGUCAAAGGAUGUACAUUGACAAACGUUUUUCCAAAUCUCCAGAAGUAGCAGAAUUGAAAACGGGAAGUCUGCGUCUGAUACCCAUUGAUAUGAAGGCCGAUGCUUCCCAGGACAUGGACGUCACUGUUGAGACCAGAGAAGAGCCUCAUGAGUUGAUCAGUUUGCCACUUGAUACUGAAGUGCCCCAUUUCAAGGUGACCAGCGAUGGGAACAGGAAACCCCCAGUAGUGGACGGGGAAAAUGAAAACAAGCCAGUGUUCCCAGAUGGCCCACAUAGAGAUGGCGGACUCAAUGCCUGUCUUGUUGAAGAGGUAGACAGGAGUCAAGACUGCACUAUAUUCUGUGACCCAGUAUUUGGGGAUGAUGAUACCGCUUUUCCUGAUCUGAAUGUUUGUUUUCGAGAACAAGAAAUUGAGAGUGCAAAAAGUGAUGACCCACAUCCUGAAAGAGAGGGAAGACAAAGUCCUUUUGUAGAAAAAAAUAAAAUGGAAAAUAUUUAUGUAGAUGAGAAACAGGUUGUUUAUAUGAACAAAAACUGCACCACUAUUGUCAGUGAUGAGAGAGAGAUUAAGAAUUUGGGCAGGUCAGCAGUAAUGUAUUCUGAAAAGUUUUCUUCCACAUUUAACUUAGUCUGGAAAAAAAGCUGUGUGUCUAUAGAAACUGCUUUGGUUGAAAAUGCAAACAGAGUUACCCCCAGGAAUCAAGGGGGGACCCUUCCCGGUGGUGAAAGGAAGCCAAUGCCGCUGGCUUCCACAGCCGCCUUGGCUGAGGCCGCAGGGUCCCAUGACUUGGGGACCAGCGUGCCCACCCCUGCUGCUCUGAUGCCAGGGUUUGGUACUGAGUACCAAGACGACCAAGGGAAAUCCCUAGGAAGAGCACAAGCUGUCCAGAGCCCCUGUUUUGGAGCAUGGGCGAGAAAUGUGUUUGGGGAACAUGGAGGUGACGCGGACUCCAUCCAACCUAGUGAAGCCUGGGAACAGCCAGCAGUUGGUGAGGACCCGAAGUUCGUGUUUCCACAGGACCUGGACUUUGAUAACGAGAUCAAAGUGGAAUCUGAACAGUGUGAAGACUCUUUCCUGCAACGAGACACAGCCCUCCCUGGCCAUCUGUCUGCUGACGACAUGAACGCUGUGUAUCAGCUCCUGGAAUCUCGUAUAGACUGGGGAGAUCUGUUUGGAGGCAGCAGCCGCAAGCCCUCAGAGGGUUCCAAAAGCAGGGCGCCACGGGAGGAAGAAAGCCAGCGUUUCCUUCGGGAAAGCAGUUGUAUUUAUUCUUGUGCCCAGAAGAACCACAGGGAGCUCUCAUGUCCAGUGGCGGUUCCUGACUUGCAGAUUCAAAUUAUAAAUAUCGUUCAGUCAGGAUUCGCCGUUUCUCAGGAGCUGCCAGCGAUGCAAGAGGAGGUGCUGAUGUGUGCCUCGCCGGAGAUCACAGAGGUAGAAAUGAGUGACGCCUGGCAAGAAUCAGAGCCCCUGGCAGGUCCUUCCCAGUUGACCUGUGAAAACACCAACCCCCCCGGUCAAGAUGAGCUUGGUCUGAAGGCGUGGUCAGAGGCAUCAGAAUUGAUGGGGAAUUUGGUCAUUUCCCCACCUUCUGACUCAUUGGCUCACAAGGCAGUCGAAACCUCCCUGGCAUUGUCCCCUCAACCUGCUCUUGCUUCCCAGACCACAAAGGAUAAAAGUACCAGCCUGUUGGCGAAGCCAAGGGAUGCCCAUAACAGAGCUCCGAGGGUAAAAGAGGCAGAAACUCAAAGUAGUAAAGGGAAGCUGCCAGCCUCCUUAAAGGACAAAAUCAUGCCCAGUAGAAACUUCAGGUAUCCAGAACCUGGUGGAAUAACCAGAAAGACGACCUGUCACCAGUCAUCUGAACAGUUUUCUUCUUUAUCUGAGGGACGGAUCAGGACCUUUUCACAGUCAGAAAGGCACAUCAGAUACGUUCUGAACGCCCUUUACAGUGAAGUGUCCUUGUGCAAGAGCAAGCGUCUGUCCAGAAAACUUGACCAGGCUGUUCUUCAUUUGAAGAAAGCUCACAGGAGAGUUCACCGAUCCCUGCAACUCGUCACCAAAGUGGGGGAGAAAAGGAGAAGUGGCCCCUUGCCCAAGUCCUAUGAGGUCAUACGCAACAGUUUAUGGGAAUGUUGUGACCUGGAAGGUUAUGAUUUUCUGACAGAGAGGAGGUAUUACUCGAGGCAUUAUUGGCAGAAGAGGAAAGAUGAGAAACGGGAAGAGAAGAGAGCUUCCGGACUGGAAAUGGUUCGGUCUCGGACGCCUGCCUCACAGCAGCAGGGUUGUAGCGGCAGCAGCAGGGACCAGGGAGUCCGGAGGCCACUCUCCAUAGAAGGUCUGUCCAGCAAGGCCUCCGUCGGUCGUGGAAGCAUCCCAAGGAGCACCCAUCCUGACAGGCCACAUCGUUCUGAGUCUUGGGGCUCAGCCUUGAGAGAUCCAAGAGCUGGGGCUGACUGCGAGAUCCCUGAUGGACACUCGAAAGCUUUCCCUUCUCAUCACUCUGACGGGGAAGGGAGAAGUGAGAGGCCCUUGGGUGCUGUCAGCUCCAGGGAGGCUCUGUCUAGAGUGGAAAGAAACGGGAAGUUUUUCAGCAGCCUUGGGGAGAAGCACCUUCCCCUCGAUACCAAUCAGCUGAAUGUAGAAGGUGACGAGGAGACUCCCUCCAGAGAGAAUUCUGACAUUUUCAUUUCUGUCUUGAAAUCGAGCACAGAACACUUCUUCAGUGUUGACAUCUCUAACACAGAUCAUCUGAGGUUGCCCAGAAAUCCCCCCAACUUGGAAAGUCGCCUUCCUGCAGAAAAGUCACCUGCAGCGAGCUCAAGACCAAGCACGGCUUCGGAACACUCAGUUAGGGGCUCAGCUAGUGUGGCUGCCUGCACAGGCCAAGAGGGAGAGAGUGUGCUUCAGAAUUUUUCCUGCAUCUCUGUUACAAAUAAUGAGGCUGAAUGGCAAACCCCCCACUCCAAGAAGCAGGCCAAGGGACUACCAGUUGUUGGCAGCCUGGCCACCCACACCCUGUCUCUACGGCAGGAGCAGCCACAGCUUCAAGAUGCUGGAGAGGAUGCUGUCGAUGCGAUGUGGGGGCCUUGCAAAAACUCCCCUCGAGGAGGGGAUAGGAAGGAAGGAAGCAGUUCUGAAAGUGCCCCAGUGGGGCCUGCACCGCUUGAGAAAAAUAAAAAUGAUGAGAAACAUGCUGUCGGGCUUCUCCUGGUGAGCACGUCUUUGGAGAACACCCGGUGUUCUUCAUCACAAAAAUCCACAAUAAAGGGAAAAGAUAAAAAAAGAUGGACGAAACCAGUAGAAAGGGAGCCACAGUCCGAAAAGCCAGGAGAAGAAUCAAGUGUUUUACCAGGACCUUCUGAGAAAUCUCCUGUUCAGACAGAAGGGCGAGACAAACAGGGCCAGGCCCUGGACAGCUCUUCUGUGGUGGCUGUCUCUUUUACCACAAAGACUCCCACUCAGUUGGCCGGGACCGAGGAGGAGGAGGGGGAGGAAGGCAGAAUGGAAGUGGAAGAUGAGGCAUCUCUCUCCCCCAGUGCACCUCUAGCUGCGAUAAACGGGGAUCUUGGCGCCAGGAGGAAGAAAGUCCCCCAGACGUGGGCCAGCUCUGCUCAGCAGCCCCCUCCCGCCAGUGAAGGAGAGGAGGACGAAUCCUCAGAGAACCCUACAAGUCUCAUUGUGAAGCUGUCGAGAAUUCUGCAAAAGGCAGACAAGGCCUCCACGCUCAGGGGUUUACAGGAGCAAAUCAAAAUGUGUCAGACUGUCCUUCCUUUGUUCGUUGAAGCUUUUGAGAGAAAACAGAAAUGCUCCUUCCAGCAUGUGCGGAUUUCCCGGAGUCUGCUGGUGGAGGGUCACGGGUGGAAUAACUGUAACCAGCGUCUCCGCCUGCAAGCUGUGGACUUUAUGGCGGAGCUGCAGAUGAUGAUGGAAAACUUGCAGUUGGUGGAGAACAAGAAGGGUCUGCUGGGCUUUGGGCCCACAUUCCGCAGCUUGCUCCGGUACGAUGCUUCGCUCUGUGGCGAGCUGCACCGGGGCUGUCAAGGCUACCGGCGGCAGGCCUGUCUCUACCUGGCUUUCCAGGACAGGCUCGGGUACGACGUGUUCAGUGAGCUGCGGCACUGCCACGGUCAGCUAAUCAGGCUGUUGGAGGAAGCCAGGAAGGAAAACAGAUCCUACUACGCCGUCCUGAAAUACCAACGGCAGAUCGAGGAGUGUGAAGAUGUCAUGAAACGUUGCUCCAGUUACUUUGACUUUACUCUUUCCGCGCCAUUCACCUGUGGGGUUAAUUUUGGAGGUAAUUUAGAUGAUUUAGAAAUGUUAAGAAGGAACACUUUGGAACUGAUCAGUAUCCAGGACCAUUUCCCUAAAAUCCAGUCUUGUCCUGGGAAACAAGACCAUCUCUGGAUCAUCAUGGAAAUGAUCUCCUCCAAGAUGCAUUUUAUGAAAAACUCUGAAUCAAUCAGUGUGAAGAUCUCCCUCUAUGGCCUGGAACACAUCUUCUUCGACGCUGCAAAAAGUCUCAUUUGGAAAGACAGGGGCCUGUCAGUUGGCAAAAACGACUCCCCCGAGAAGGUGACGGAAGAGCUGCUCGUAUUUAACCAGUGCGCCUUUAAGAAGCUUCAGCAGAUCUAUGAGACCCUGGAGGCCGACGGGAAAGCAAAACGUGCUCGCAAGGGUUGGCUGGAGGAAACUGUUGGAAAUGCUGUCGGUAAGCACUGUGACUGCUUAAAGGGAGAGGGGCUUGGCAGGGGGGGCUUCAGGUUUAGUGAUCCUCUCUUCUCUCCCCCAGAUAUUCGCCGGGUUGGAGAAAUAAUAGACCAAGCAGAAUCUGCCGACCUGAGACAGUUAGAGGAGCUUACUGUGAGAUGCGGAGGCCACCUGGAGACCUUGAAGAAGUGCUUCCAGAUUCUGCAGGAGGCCGCCACAGACAGCGUCUUGAUCACAGAAGACAAUGUGCUGGACAUGGCCAGGAAGCCCCAGCCCUCCGGUGUCGUCCUGAAGCCCGAAGCCGUCGAGAUGUACAUCGAAGUCAUCAUGCUUGCCGAAACCGUUCACUUCCUGAAAAAUGUUAUGGCCAAGAAGCUGGGCAGACCGAGGUUUCGGGGUAUGCUGUGGUUCGAUUUGUCUCUCCUUCCCGAGCUGAUAGAAAACCAACAGAAAACAGCAGCUUCCUGUUCGCUGCUCAGAGAGAAAGGGACGGCCUGCCUGUGGAAGGCAGUGGAGGCUGCCGUACUGGAACUGAAGGCAGAUGCCACUGUCGUCUGCGAGCACCCUGAGGGGGCCAACUCCUCCUACGCCCUGCAGCUGCUAUCCAGAGAACUCGCAGAACUCUCCGAAAUGAGGACGCUCCUGGAACAGGCCACCCCGCCCAUCGCCACCUACGUGGACCUCGUGCCUCACACCAUGUCGGUGAAUUACGGCAUGACCCUUUCUGAACUCGAACACAAUUAUAACCAGUUUGCUGGGCUGUUGGAGAGCCUGACUUCGGCUUCCCAGAAAGACCUGGGGAAAAUGGCCCACAUCAUGAAAGUCAUGAAGACCAUCAGGCACCUGAAGGCAUCCUGUGCCGGAGUGGGAAGCGGUGACAUCUCCCUUCUCAUCUGCCAGAUGUUCUCCAACGCACAGAAGGCCCGCCAGCCGGGGACAGAGACCAGCGUCAUUGCCGAGAUGGAGCCCAGAGCGCUUACCGGGAAGCCAUCUCCUUCCAGCUUACCCCGCAGAGAUCGUGCCGGCUCCAGAAAGAGACCCUUCCCUCUAGCCCCUUGUGAGAGCUGCCGUGAGCGCCUCCGAAGUCCUGAUCCACCGAGCGGCAAAAAACCCAAGAUGGGUGAUCUCCUCACGACAGAGGGCAAGAAAACCAGGGAGCCAAAGGGGCCCCUCUGGGAUGACAGGGAGAAGACAGAAGAUGAGGGGGUCCCUCUGGACCUCGUCCCCCCUCCCCAUCAGAGCCAGAGCAGGAAGCAGUCCCCAGAUGUGUCCGGGCAGGGGUCUCCGGGGCCCAACUGCCCGCUCCCGCUGCAGGGCCCCACCGAGGACAGAGGCCCGGCUGGGCCGCAGGGGAGCCUGGCCGGAGUGAGAGGAAGAGGCCUGCGCAGGAGCCUGAGGAAGAGAAGCUCGUCUGAGGGGACCCUGCCCGGCGCUCUCGGCCUCCCUCCCCACACUGCGGCCCGCCUGAGGCCGGGAGCAGAUGCCCUCCAGGCUGCGCCCCGUUUGGCUGGUGCCAGCUUCCGCAGUGAAGCCAACCUGUGCUCUGCGGCCGUGGCAGAGGACUCGGGCCUCGUCCGCGCAGACCACGAGAUGCUCAUGGACGGUUCUGGUGGCGUGAUCCUGCCGGGCCAUGAGGCUUUGGUCCUACAGCCCACCCUUCCUGGCCUCCCGAUUCCGCCCCAGCCAGGUCCAGGGGCUGAGCCCCCAAACCAGGCAGCCCCGGGGUCCCACGGGGUGUGCUCCUUCUCCCAGCAGCUGCAGCAGCCUGAGAAUGCACCGGGGGUCUUCGUGCCAGCUCCAGGGGUCUGUUGGAAUGGCCAGGGGCCCCAGGCUUGGGGCCACGCUUACAGCCCCAUCUACCCUCACUCCUCGUGGUGCAUCGACCGCUACUGCAACAGCAAUGGCAGCUCCGUCACCCAGACCGACCAGGGGGUAGCAUCCUGCGAGGGCCAGCCCCUCCCUGCGGCCGUGGCCCCCUUCUGUCACGCGCCUGCCGGUCUGCUGGGCCGCUUGGGUCCCAGGGACCCCCCGAGGAGCGGCUUGGGACCGCCACCCGGGCAGGGGCUUGGCUUCUGCGCCUCCCACGGACCCCUCGCAUGCCCUGCCACUCCCUGUACAGCCAGCCAGGCCCCCAGGCACGCCCCCUACCCGUGCCCUCUUCGCCCAGGCUUGUUUCCAGGAGUGACCUGCACAAGUGCUCCCUGGCAACAAGGAUCUUUUCAGAAUGGACAUUGAAAAUACUCUGUAGCCUGUCUACAGGAGCCGAGGAGACUUCCUGCAGGGUUUGGGGGGUGGGGGUGGGGUGGUUGCCAAUUUGUUUUGUUUUGUUUGUCUUUGAUUGAACGACUUGAUGUGUUUUUGAACUUAAGUCAGUUUGGUUUUAAAUUCAGAAGCCGUAGAGCACUUUAAGUCCAAGAAUUUCACCCAUUAAGCAGUAGGAGAAUCCAUCUUCUUUAAUGUUUUCCAAAGCCUAGUUCAUUUCCAUGUACCUUUUCUGUUGAGCUCAAUCAGGCCUCCCAUUUGUGAGCCCCUCUAGCUAAGAGACAGGAGCAAGCCUUCACCUUCGUGAACGGUUUUUAGUCACAUAAAAACCUCCUUCCAUUCUGUCGAGCAAGGGAGGAGCAAGUGCCAUCUGUCAGUAUGACUCGGAGCCUCCUCCGUGAUUUUGCUUUAUCCCAAAGGAGGGUCUGUUUUCUGUUUUCGGAGCAAAUGCCAAAAAGGGUCCAGUGGGCGUGUCCUGAAUCUUCGCAGUUCUUUUCUAUCAAAGUCGUCCAAACUCUUUAAGUUUCUCAGAUGACUGGAUCACCAAAUGGAUAUUUUUUGUGUUCACCAUACUCGGCCUUGACUUUUCUUUGACGAUAAGACCUUCUUGGACCCUUGUGCUUGUGACACGUUUAAAUGUUAUUCUAGAGACCCUGAUUUGUGUGUUUUCAGGAUUUCCUGGAACAGAGAUUUAUUUUUGUAACUUUGUAGGUUUGAAGCAUUUCUAACUGCUCUCCUUAUGCUAAAGACGAGCCCUGUCUUUUCCAGGGCAGACUGCCUCAAUACGCUGUUUCUCAAUCAUUGACUGUGGGCCUUUUGACAUCAUUUAUAACAAACAUUAGAGGAAAAAAAGGAGAGAAAGGAGUUACAGUGAGGGCCAGGGAAGGCAUUUCUACAACAUUACCCCUCACGGGGACCGUGUUUAUCCACUGGAUGCCAUGUUAUGCUUCAGAGACAUCUUUUUAUGGUUUUUAAAGAUCACAAAACACAAAAGCCCGCCCUGUCCUUGUAAUAUAGUCUGUGUGGCCAUGGAGGUGCGGUGGCCCCUGGGCCCCCAGGAGCCUCCCGCAUCUCCUGGCCCAAUCCAUCCCCAUUUCCUCAUAAUGGAAUAAAUAGGGUCAUCCCCUACUUCCAGCAUUCAGUAAGUAUAGCAUGAACCUGUCCUUUUUUUUUCCCCUUUGCCUCAACCUGACCCUGUGCUUUCAUAUAGCAGGAUAGCUAAAGCCUGUCCUUUCCCUCCCUCACCUUGUCUGAACCUGACCCCGUAACUUUCAUAUAACAGGAACCUGACCUCUUUUUUUUUUUUUUGCCUGACACACACCCUGUGCUUUCGUAGAAGGAUAGUAGGUACCUGGCCUUUUUUUUUUUUCCUCCUUUGCCUGAACCUGACCCUGUGCUUUCAUAACAGGAUGGUAAGAGCCUGGCCUUUUUUUUUUCCCCCUUUGCCUGUGCUUUCAUAACAGGAUGAUAGUAGGAGUCUGUCCUUUUUUUUUCCCCCCCCUUUGCUUGAACUUGACCCCGUGCUUCUAGAGCUCCCAAAUGCCUCCUUACAUCAUAUUUUGAUAUCUUUUAUGCCACAGGAGAAAAGUAGUCCUGAGAGCUGGUGAGGAAGAGGAUUCUGUUUAGAAGCCCUGGUCCCUCCUCCCCAGCUUCCUUUCCCAGCAGAUUCACAUCUAAAGGGAAACCAUGCAUUCUGGCAAACACCAUGGAUGGGAAUAAGUACAAAACAGUAAGGAAACAUUAAAGCAGAGUCAGGCUCCUUGGUCAGGAUAAUUAAUCAUUAAAUAGCCACUUAGCAAAACCCAGACUAUGAGCCUGUCAGGGAAACAAGGACAAAAUGAUUUUAUAAGCUGACCUCUUAAGAGGCAAUAGAAAAUCCUUUUUCUCUAAUGUUUUACAAAACCGACUUCAUUUCCCGAUGGCUCUUUUAUUGAGAUUUACCAGACCUGUGAUUUGUAACACUUCUCCAGCCCAGAGAAAGGAGCCGGAGCAACCCUUUCCACCUCUGUUUGUGGUGAUCUUAACCAUCUUAGACACAUAAAAAUGUCUCGGCUUCCAUUUGAUUGUGUGAUAAAGACAUGGAGGUCACAGGUCAAUGUGAUUGAGAAUCCAAAGUCUCCCAAUUUUGGUUAUUUUUUUCCCCUUCAGAGUAAAAAGAGGGUUUUGCUUCUUUAUGUUUUUAGAACAACUCCCAAGAAAACACUUGGAAGGGGCUGGUCCAGAGUCAGGUGGUUUGCUUGGGGCUGGCUGGAUGCUGGCGCUGUUCCAGUCUUCCCUUCAAGCUUCCCAUCCAUCAGAGGCUCUGCCAAGAGUCCUAUGUUUUCAUAUUCUCAUCUCAUUUGUCUUGUCUUUGUCAUUGCCCUCAUUCAGAUGCACAGUGUGCCAGUGAGAGCUCCUCUGUCCCUUAGAAAAGGGCCCAAGUUAAGGGCGGGCUGUCUGUCUCUUCCCCACCCACUUCAUGUUUCUCCUUCUACAGAGUGAAAAGAAAACGAAAUUCAGUUUUGCUGGAAAGUGUACGCAGCAGAAAUGCCCACUGGGAAACACUUCCUUUAGAAUCCAGGGAGAAAAAAAAAACCAAUAAACU